CCCCCCCCCCUUCCCCCCCCCGCCGCGGGAGGAUGAGCCAGCGCCCCCCCGGGCAGCAGCGCGCGGCGCCACCCGCACAGGUUAUAAAGCAUCUAAAUGGAGUCUGAGCAGCUAUUUCACAGAGGCUACUGUCGAAACAGUUACAACAGUAUAACUAGUGCAAGCAGUGAUGAGGAGCUUUUAGAUGGAGCAGGUGUAAUUAUGGACUUUCAGACCUCUGAAGAUGACAAUCUCUUGGAUGGUGAUGCAUCGAUUGGAACUCAUUAUACAAUGACAAAUGGAGGAAGUAUCAACAGUUCAACACAUUUACUGGAUCUUCUCGAUGAACCAAUUCCUGGAGUAGGAACAUAUGAUGACUUCCAUACCAUUGACUGGGUUCGAGAGAAGUGCAAAGACAGAGAAAGGCAUAGACGGAUUAACAGCAAGAAGAAAGAAUCAGCAUGGGAGAUGACAAAAAGUUUGUACGAUGCGUGGUCAGGAUGGCUAGUAGUCACGUUAACUGGCUUGGCAUCAGGGGCAUUGGCAGGGUUAAUUGACAUUGCUGCUGACUGGAUGACUGACUUAAAGGAAGGCAUUUGCCUUAGUGCUUUGUGGUUUAACCAUGAACAGUGUUGUUGGGGUUCAAAUGAAACCACAUUUGAAGAGAGAGAUAAAUGUCCACAGUGGAAAACAUGGGCGGAACUAAUAAUUGGACAAGCAGAAGGUCCAGGUUCCUACAUAAUGAAUUACAUAAUGUACAUUUUCUGGGCCCUGAGCUUUGCCUUCUUAGCAGUUUCUCUGGUGAAGGUUUUUGCUCCUUAUGCCUGCGGCUCGGGAAUACCUGAGAUAAAAACUAUUUUGAGUGGUUUUAUCAUCAGGGGUUACUUGGGGAAGUGGACUUUGAUGAUAAAAACAAUUACUUUAGUCUUGGCUGUCGCAUCAGGUUUGAGUUUAGGGAAAGAGGGUCCCUUGGUACAUGUUGCCUGCUGCUGUGGGAAUAUUUUUUCCUACCUCUUCCCAAAGUACAGUACAAAUGAAGCUAAAAAAAGAGAGGUGUUGUCAGCUGCCUCAGCAGCAGGAGUAUCUGUAGCUUUUGGUGCCCCAAUUGGUGGAGUCCUUUUCAGUCUGGAGGAGGUCAGUUACUAUUUCCCACUGAAAACUUUAUGGAGAUCAUUUUUUGCCGCUUUAGUAGCUGCGUUUGUUUUAAGGUCCAUCAAUCCUUUUGGUAAUAGCCGCCUAGUUCUUUUUUAUGUGGAAUAUCACACUCCUUGGUACCUUUUUGAACUCCUUCCUUUUAUUCUUCUGGGAGUAUUUGGUGGGCUCUGGGGAGCCUUUUUCAUCCGAGCAAACAUUGCAUGGUGUCGUCGACGCAAAUCUACGAAAUUUGGGAAAUAUCCUGUCCUGGAGGUUAUUAUUGUUGCAGCAAUAACAGCUGUCAUUGCAUUUCCUAAUCCAUAUACAAGGCUAAACACCAGUGAGCUUAUUAAAGAGCUCUUCACAGACUGUGGGCCGUUGGAAUCCUCCUCCCUAUGUGACUACAGAAAUGAUAUGAAUGCGAGCAAAAUAGUAGAUGAUAUCCCUGACCGUCCAGCAGGCACUGGAGUCUAUUCAGCUAUAUGGCAGCUGUGUUUAGCACUCAUAUUCAAAAUAAUCAUGACAGUUUUCACCUUUGGUAUCAAGGUUCCAUCUGGGUUGUUCAUACCUAGUAUGGCAAUUGGAGCAAUAGCAGGGAGGAUUGUAGGAAUUGCAGUGGAGCAGCUGGCUUACUACCAUCAUGACUGGUUCAUUUUCAAGGAGUGGUGUGAAGUUGGAGCUGACUGUAUUACACCUGGUCUUUAUGCCAUGGUUGGUGCUGCUGCGUGCUUAGGUGGUGUGACAAGGAUGACCGUGUCCCUGGUAGUUAUUGUCUUUGAGCUAACAGGAGGGCUGGAAUAUAUUGUGCCCCUAAUGGCUGCAGUUAUGACCAGUAAGUGGGUAGGAGAUGCCUUUGGUAGGGAAGGCAUCUAUGAGGCACACAUCCGACUCAACGGAUAUCCUUUCUUGGAUGCAAAGGAAGAAUUUACUCACACAACACUGGCUGCUGAUGUUAUGAGACCUCGAAGAAGCGAUCCACCUCUAGCAGUUCUGACUCAGGAUAAUAUGACAGUUGAAGACAUAGAAAACUUGAUCAAUGAAACAAGCUAUAAUGGUUUUCCUGUUAUUAUGUCGAAAGAAUCGCAGAGACUUGUGGGCUUUGCUCUAAGAAGAGAUUUAACUAUUGCAAUAGAAAGUGCUAGAAAGAAGCAGGAAGGGAUUGUUGGCAGUUCCAGGGUCUGUUUUGCCCAGCACACCCCAUCACUUCCAGCAGAAAGCCCUCGACCACUGAAGCUUAGAAGUAUUCUUGAUAUGAGCCCUUUCACCGUGACAGACCACACACCAAUGGAAAUAGUGGUGGAUAUUUUCCGGAAGCUGGGUCUGAGGCAGUGCCUUGUAACACACAAUGGGAUUGUCUUGGGGAUCAUCACAAAGAAGAACAUAUUAGAGCAUCUCGAGCAACUAAAGCAGCACGUCGAACCCUUGGCGCCUCCUUGGCAUUAUAACAAAAAAAGAUAUCCUCCGUCAUAUGGCCCAGACGGCAAACCAAGACCCCGCCUCAAUAAUGUUCAACUGAAUCCCAUAGCUGAGGAGAGAGAGGAAACUGAAGAGGAGGUUCAUUUGUUGAAUAGCACAACACUUUAGUCUGGGGAGUACUAAAAUCAGAGACGAGAGCUGGGUUUUUGCGUAACAGUGCUGCUGGAAAUCAGGAGUUGGUCUGGGGGAGUAUGUGGCAAGGAGGAAGGCUGAUGGGAGCAUGGGAAGGGAGAGCUGCUGUCCUGCACUGGAUGCGUCCCGAGACGUCAGGUCUGCCAUGAUAGUGCAGUGGGUGAGCUGUGCGAGGUGGCACAAUUCUCCAGCCCCAGCCUGGUACUUCAGCAUUGAAGAGAUGUGUUAUUAGUCCCUGUUUCUGGAGGGAUCGUUCUGAAUUGAGCCAUCUUAUGGAGACUGAAAGGUCUUGCCCUUUUUACCAUUGAGAACUGUUGUGUUACUCAUGAAACGUAUAACUAUUACACGUCACCUUUCUACAUUCCAGAAGAGCUUUAUUUCUCUCUCUCCUGAGCCUCUUUAAAAUUGGUGUGCCCUUUUGAAGCAGUUGUUUCUCAUAUUGAGAUGUACUGUGAGUUACUGAGGUUGGAUCACAAGAAGGGAGGUUUUUCUUGUGCCAUUAAACAUGUAAGUUCGUACAUCAUCAAAUGCUUGGGGCAGUACAGAUCCACUGCGACAAAACCAGAUUGAACAGGUAAUACCUUGCAAGAACCGUGCAAGACUUCUUUCAGCCCCUGUGCUGUUGUGAUAUGAGAAGAAUUUAAACCAGAUGAAACUAGCGUUUCAAAGAAAAAUACUGUUUUUGCUGCAGAAAAUAUCAAUAAUGUGACCUGGUCUUAUGCAAUUUUUGUAUUAUUGAAAACACUAUGAUAUAUACCGAUGUUGUGCAGUAUAAGGAAAAAUACUGCUAUUCUACUAGUUAAGAGCUGGAACAAUUCUGUAUACGUGUAUCUGGUAAAAAUUGCAUGCUACAACACUGGAGAUCUUUUCCCCUCCCUGUAAAAUUUGAGAACGGUCAUUUUUAUUUUUUCUCCUCCACAAAAGAUGUUCCACUGCUGACAUGGUAGGAAGAAAUGUAACUCGUAACUUGCACUAAAUGUAUAUUAUUUUUCUUGAAGUUUUACCAUUCUUUAUUUAUAUUUCUAUGGAUUAAAAGAAUCUAUUAAAUAUGAAUCAGUUAAUAUCUCACAUAACUAAUUACCUUUUUAAUGUGAUUUUAUAAAAUAAUUCGUAAUCCUCUGCAAGUAACGGAGGAUUAGCAAAUGUUUACAACUAGAUGAAGGGUUUAAACAAAAUGGUUUCUUUAUGAUCCCACAUGCAUAUAAGAUAAUUUUCAAGUGUAACUUUCACUGCCGUUAUCUUCAGAUUUCCUUUUUUGUUUACUAGCAGAUAACUGGAACAGUAACAUUAAAAUUUUACUUUUAAGAAAAUGCAGGGUUUUAAAAAUAGUAGGAUGAAAGCAAUUAUAAUUAUUAGAUUGCCUUUGACUUUUUUUUUCCUCUCUUUUUUUUUUUCAAUCCCAAGUAUAUAGAGGUGUAAAUGAUAUGUAGUGACAGAAGAUGAGCAGCAGGGCAGAAUCGAAUCCAGUACUUGAAACUUUGGCAGGACUUUAAAAUUCAGCAGCAACAUACGUGCUAGCAGGUGAACUGGCAGAUCAUACCUACUUUACUUUUUUCUUUCCAGUCACUAGAUUAGUUUGUUUCAUCUUCAUUUUAUCAAACCACCACCAUGAACACAUGCAGAGGAGAAAAGGCGAUAUGCUCCAAGCCUAAAGUUGGGGAGAAAAGCAUUAAGAAAUCUGGCUGAUAAAAGUCACACUGUAUUAACAUGGGGUUGCAUAAAAUUUCCUUCUUUUAACAGUUACGCCCACUAGACUGCAAAAAUACAAAUGAUAAAAAUCUAAAGCAUCCUGGGUAUCUUUAAGGCAUUCAUCACAGCUACCUCAAACUUCUUUAUUCCCACUCAAGAUAAAAAUCAUACUAAAUACGAUAACGUGCUGAAAUGAAAUUCUGGUACUUCUCCCAAGCUCCAAAAUACUGUGCUCAAGUGCUCUGCUGAAUUUUUACUGGUGUCUCUGAGCAUGAAACCGCCAUACACACACCAUCAUCUCAUCUCUUGCAGCAACUGGAACCAAUAGAAACCAAAAUGCACCAGUGGGCUCAUAAGGAUCAGCCCCUAUGUUAAAAGUGGGUUUAGAACUGAACCGGAAUCAAGCUGUGUUAAAAAUGGGAGCAUUGCAGCAACCGGCUGCUUUCUUCCACAGGAGGUCCUGGGCAGUGGUUCAAAGUUUAUUCUGUUACACUGUGUAAGCCUGAAGAGGCUUUACAGAAGAAACUGCAAAAAGCAGGAUUUUUCCCAUUUACAGAAGGCAGCUCUGGAAGUUUUCUGUGAUGCCAAUUUCUGUUGUCUAAAAAUGCGCUAACCUCUUGCCAUCUCUGAUGUUCUCGUAAAACACUGCUAUGCGGACUAUUAACUCACACCUAAUUCUACAGACUAUGCUGUCGUAAGUAAAAUACACUUCACACCUCUGCUCUGUUUUAUAAUUUCAGUAUGGAUCCCGAGUGCUGCAUAUAAAUUCCGCAUCCAUUUUCUUACCUGGUAAGCUUUCCCUGUUGACAUUUAAAAUGUCUUCUGGUAAACAUACAGUAGAGGUUCUGAUAAUGAAGUGUGCGUGCCUGUGCUGUGCAACAAAAAUUUCCUAAUGUAAAACUUCCAGCGCCUUACUCAAGAUACAGUUUAAAAAACAACGUGGUGGGUGGAAGGGGAAAGUGUCAGCUUUUAUUUUUUAUUUUAUUUUUUAACCCGAUUUGGUUACUGGUUCAUGAAGAAUGCAUUCUUUGUUAAUCUGUGAUGUUGCCUAGAGCUGUAUUUAAUAUUGAUCUUAAUGUUUUUAUUUAUGAUAGUGUGGUAGAGCUGCGUAUCAUUACAGUAAGAAUUCUGAUUACUGUGAUGAUUUAAUUGAGCAUUAAAAACUUCUGUAUGACCAUUUAUUGUUCUGUCAUGUUUUUUACAAAUGAUAUUUGUGUCAAUUUUUGUAUUUAAUUUCCUUGAGAGAAAAUUAACAGCUAGCACUUCUACAUACAAAACUAGUAAGCAGGUAGAAAAAGAGUGAGUUUUAGGAGAAGACGCAGUCUUUGUAUUGCAUAGCAUUUGGCUGCAAACCAGUAGCCAAAUCAACGCAAAAAACCCAGAGCAGCAUUAGGUAUUAAAUGUUUUAAAAUGAUUUAUAUAGCUGUAGAAUUUUAGCUUCCUGAUUUAAAAAAGUGGAUGAGGCUUUUAACUGUCUAAAAGCCACAAUUACAUAGUUUCUACACAGUAGAUUUUUAGUGACUCUAGUUAGAGAGCAAGGUAAAAUAGAUAUCAAUAGACAAUGUGUAUUAAUUAUUUUUUCCAUUGGUGUAAGAGUUUUCCUUCUCAAUUAGAGGUUAAUAAGAGGUUAGUAAGGAAAAUCCAUACAAAGGUCCUAAUUUUUGCAGAUUUAAAUAACAAUGCAAAAGGUGAAUACUUUUUUUUACUUGUAUGCUUCUACAGGGCAUUAUUAAGGUCUUUUCUGUUUGGAACCUAAAAAGAAAGGGAGAGUGAGACUGAAUUUUCAAGGAAGUACAUACCUCUACAGACACAGACAGGCUUUUUUAUGCACCAAACCUAAAAUUCUGGUCCCAUGGUAAAGUCCCUCGAUGCUUGUCCUUGUUAGAAUAAAUGGAAGAUUGAUAUGCUCUUUGAAAGGGGCAUAACAUAAGAGGCGUGUGAUUCUGAAAGCCGCAAAUACCUUUUUGAAGCACUGACUUACAUUGCGAGUGAUUUAUUCAUGCUGGAAGGGACCAUUGGAAGUGGAAUUGUUUGCUAAACUGUAGGGACAGCUUUGAGAUUUCAGCAUGUUGUUAGCAGCCUAUAAUCAUCCCUCCAAAUGACGUGAACUGCUCUAAUAGAGAUCACAUCCCCGUACAAUGGCAGAUGCUGAGUAAGAGCAUUGGUUUCUGGACUGGUACUUCAAGCAGUUGCUUGAGAAUGAAACUAAUAACAUCACAACCGAGCAGUGGACUGAUGAAUUCACAUCUUGUACAUAACUUUGGUUCCAUUUUUAAAAGUCCAGAUCAGCAAAAACAGGCAACUGCAUCCAAUUCCUAGGGGAGCAAGUGCAGCAGGAUCACCCAUUUAUCUUCUAGUGUCUGAUAGCUGCAUUUUAAUUGUAUUUAUUUCAUGUUAGUUAAUUCAGCUGGAUCCAAGAGACAGACCAGACUUAGUGCUUCAUUGUAAUGCAGAGGGGAAAGCUGCUCUAACUGAAUUUUUCACCUGUAUGUACCUUGAUGACAACACUAAGCUGAGUGGAGCAGUUGCCACACCAGAAGAAUGGGAUGUCAUCCAGAGGGACCGGGAUGUGCAGGAGAAGUGGGCCUGUGUGAACCUCAUGAAGUUCAACAAGGCCAAGUGCAAGGUCCUACACUUGGGUCAGGGCAAUCCAUGGUUUCAGUACAGCAUGGGGAAUGAUGUGAUGGAGAGCAGCCCUGCACAGGACUUGUGGUUGCUCACUGAUGAGAAUCUUAACGCAAGCUGGCAAUGUGUGCUCGCAGCCCAGAAAGCCAACGGUAUCCUGGG